AUGGGAGCUUGUAUUGCCCAAUUAGUUGCGAGUCGGGGUGCCAUUGUGUCGCUUUCGGACGUAAAUGAACACGGCCUUCAAAACACGCUCAAGUCUCUACCCGGCAAGAGACACAUCUACACCUUAGUCGACGUGCGCAAUGCGGUUGCCAUCGAAGAGUGGAUUCAACGCACCGUCAAAGAGUUGGGCCGGCUGGACGGUGCAGCCAAUUUUGCCGGAGUCCUGUCUUGGGAACAUCGAAAUAAAAUCCAGGAUGAGACGGAAGUCAACUGGGACUUCCACAUGAAUGUCAAUGCGAAAGGCGUCUUUCUGUCCACGGGCGCCCAGGUCCGACACAUGACAGCCGGGGGAAGCAUUGUGAACGCUGCCAGCGCCGCAGGCCUCAUUGGCUUUCCCACUCUGGGACCGUACGUGGCCAGCAAACAUGCGGUUAUUGGUAUCACCAGGUGCGCCGCAAAGGAAAAUCCGCAUAUCAGAUUCAACUGUGUGGCUCCAGGGGCGAUCGAGACGGCCAUGAUGCCCGCCGACGAGAAUAUCAGGGCUGCCGAGAUAAGCGGACAAAUAAUCAAGAGGAUCGCAGACCCUAUGGAAGUUGCCAAUAUUGUGGCAUUCUUGCUCAGUGAUCAAGCUUCGUUCGUCACUGGCGCUGUAUACACCGCGGAUGGAGGUUGGACAGCAUAA